AGACUACAGCAUUCCAUCAGCGUCACCUGCUGCUACCUGCACAAGGAAGAGCUAGCACCCACAGCCAUGUCCCUCUGCGACGACACUCUCCUGUGUAACUUCCCAAAGUGCCGCACCAAGCUGAGCGGCUUCGCCUGGGUCACAGCCUGCUCUCACGCCUUCUGUGAAAAGCACGGGUCCGGCGAGUUCAGCCACUCCCCGGUCAGCUGCCCGGCCUGCUCCUCUGCGCUCUCCGGGAAGCUGGACAUCGUGAGGACGGAGCUGUCGCCCUCCGAGGAGUACAAAGCCAUGGUGCUGGCAGGUUUGCGACCAGACAUAGUGCUGGACAUCAGUGCCCGUGCUCUGGCCUUCUGGAGCUAUCAGGUCCAUCAGGAGCGUAUGUACCAAGAGUACAGUCUUUCCCGGGCAGAGUCGCAGCUGAAGCAGAUGGAGAAGGUGUUGAACCAGCAGAACCAGAGCAGAGAGCUGGACCUCACCGCCAUGAGAGGGGAAAUCAGUUCCCUGAAGAAAGUGAUGGAGGAGUAUAAGAGGAAGUACAGUGAGGUGUCUGAGAGGCUGAUGGACAGGAACAGACAGCACCAGAAACUACAGGGGCUGUACGACUCUCUGAGGCUGCGCAACAUGGUGGUGGGUGUCGGGGACAGAGAUGCGCAGCCACAACCAGGACAUCAUGACUUCAUCACAGGGACGGCUCGAGCAGCGUCUCCCCAGAGAAGCCCCGAGUUCCACUUCAUGGGCCCUGAUGUGGACAGUCGAUUCUUCUCCUGCCUGGAGGCCGAAGGAACCAAGACUUUCUUCCAGUUCAGCUCCCCUACCAGGGAGCGAGGCCGGCCAUUCAUCAAGAAGCACUGAGAGGAGCAGGUUUCAUAACUGCCAUUACUCUCGUCACCAAAUUGUUGUGGUUUAAUGUUAAUUCAAGUUUUUUGCCUCAGGUACUUUUUUGUGAUGGUUUUUAAGCCUGAGAUGUGGUUUUGGACAAUAACAAAUGUUGGGUUAAUAUUCUAGAUUCACUUUAAGGUCUGUCCUUAUGUGACAAGUCCAGUGGAAGUCAUUAAAAUACAAUAUUAACAGUCUUUUCACUGAGCACCUCCAGCCUGCCAGUGUCUUUCAAUUGGCCAUUUGUAUUUUCUUGCAGUAGACAGUUCAUGUUCAUAGUUAUACACAGACAAGCAUGUACUGUAAGGUGACAUGAAAUAAGGUCAACAUAAACAUUUCCUUCACUU